AAGGAACCGAGCCUCAAGACCUAGAAGUGAGAGCUCAGAAGCUACAAGUGUCUUCUACUCGUGCUAUUGAUGUUGGAUGUUGUGGUUAACAUUUUGCCGGAUGUCCGAAGGUCAAAGCCCUUCAAGGUCACGUGUCGCCCUUACCUCUCUCAUGAAUAUCUUUGUAUUGGUAUCUAUCGUCUUAUUUCUUAAAGCGGGAAAUGGGGGAUCUUUCGGUGCACCUAAGAAGCUGCCGCAAGAUGAAGUUACAAUGGAGUCAUACGCUGCUCUAUUAGCCAAGGUGGCAGGCAAGAUCAAUGACCAUUAUGGACUUCAGAACCUGCACAUCAUAACUAAGUUGCUGAACGCCACUUCUCAGGUAGUUCAGGGAAUAAAGUAUACAUUCUUCGUUGAACUUUCCCCCACAUCGUGUACAAAUUUUGAUCAGGAAACCUAUGCUUCCGUAGAUACUGCUUUUUUCAACAGAAUUCUUGUGGCAUAGUUUCUGGAGAGAGUAAGGUGUGCAAAGCCACCGUAUGGGAACGACCAUGGCUUCCUUCAAAUGAAUCAGAAAUAAUAGACAUAGUUCACUGUUCAUCGAACAGUGAACAGAUUUGAUUUGGACCAUCUUUGUUGGGAUUUUCUAUAACAGCUGCUUCACACUUGAUUUCAACUCAGUGAUUCCUCACUAAAAUUUCAGCAUUUUAAUAAUUUGAUUCAUACAACAAGCUUCAAAGACUAUCUUAUAACGAUGAAAUUCAUUUUAAUUCUGAGUACACCAAAUUUGAUUUUAUUUAGAAAUUGAUUUUUACUUGCCCUUACCUAUUGUCACUCCUGUCAUUUUCCGAUGACAUUUUACACUCAUGAGAUCUCAUUUUACUUUCGACAAUUACUGAUACUUAGUUUUUGGACUCGAAACUGUAUAUCUACAGUAUUUUAUGCAUUCAUUAAAUACUUUUGCUAUUGGUAA